UCUGUGCUGAGGAGGCGUGCCCCUCUCCUGUAGCACAGUGUCAGAAUCUCAGGCAACAGUGUCUCUCGCUCACUGCUCUGUGUGGAGGUCUGCCUGUGUGCUCUGGAAGGAGGAACUAUCCAGCCAAGCUCUGCUGACAGUACAGCUGACUAACAAGUCAUGGAGGUGCUGGUGCUGAUUGACUUCGAGGGCACCAUGGGGGAUGAGAUGACGGUGCGUGCUGGCGAGGUGGUGAAGAAGGUGACCAAGGCGGGCGAGGAGGGCUGGCUGGAGGGGGAGCUGAAGGGGAAGAAAGGGAUCUUCCCGGCCAACUUUGUCAAGGAGGUCCCAGUGUAUCUGAUUGGAGACACCAAAAGAGAACCAAGGAGUUUAAGGAAAUCCAAGGUGACAAAGCAGUCCAGGAAAUGUGAAGUGGCCUUCCCCUACAGUCAGCUGAACGAGGAUGAGCUGGAACUGGUUGUCGGGGAGACCGUGGAGAUCUUGAGAGAGAUCGAGGAUGGCUGGUGGAUGGGGAUGAAGGACGGCCGAAUUGGAGCGUUUCCCUCCAAUUUCGUCAAAGAGAUCUUCGUCUCUCCGAAAGAUGUGAAGCAGAACGAGGGCCGGCCCAGGCCGAAGCUCUCCGACGCAGUCUUCAGUAAAGAGAACAAGCUGUCUCAGAGGACCAGCGUGAGGAACAAGACGAAGAACGUGAAGGAAUGCUGCCAGGUCAUGUUCGACUACUCUGCGCUGACGGACGAUGAGCUGUCGCUCCAGAAGGGCGACAUGGUUACGAUCAUCUCCAAGGACACGGAGGACGAGGGGUGGUGGGAGGGAGAGCUGAACGGACACCGCGGUUUCUUCCCUGACAACUUCGUCAUGGUGAUACCAACUGACAUGCUUCAAUCCGGGUCUACCAGCCUCCCGCCGGUUCGGAAAGGCACAGAGAGACGAUCAGUCAAGGUUGAGGCUUCAGCCAUGGAGAAGGGGAUCCCAGCGAAGCCUAAAGAUGAGAAAGCAGAGAGUAAGGACCUAAGAGCCAACCCCCCCACCAAGGUGAAGCUGCCCAGCAUCAACAGGCCGUCUCCUCCCCCCGUCAAGGACAAGCCUGCCAAGCCUGCGCCCAGGCCCAACGGUGCCCUCCCUCCCCCCUCCUCCCCUAACCCCGUGGAGGAGGGCAACCUGGACCAGUUUGAUGGCAUGGACGUGUCUACAGAGAAGCUGAACCACCCCACGGCCACCAGGGCCAAGCCCCCCCAGAGGAGACCCCCCUCGGGCCCCCUCACACACGUUCCUGGGGCCCCGGACCUGACAGAAGCUGCAGUGUCACCCAAGAAGAUCCAGACAGAGAAGAUCCAGACUAAAGUUGCAGAAAACCUGGCACCGACCUGCUCUAAAGCAGAGCCCCAGCCCAGGACCUCUCCCCCAGCCCGGCCGGCCCCGCCCAAGGCUGCAGGAGAGGGGGCUUCCCAGGAUGGCCUGCAGGCUGAGGUCAAAGAGCUCAGGAUGGCCCUGGAACUGCUACAGGCACGGCAUGUGCGAGACAUUGAGGAACUGAAAGAAGAACUGAAUGAGGAGAGGACCAAACGCACAGCUCUGCAGGAGGAAGUACAACGUCUUCUGCCCAAACAUUAACCCCCUCCGGUACUGCUCAGUGCACAGCCCUCACGCUCUGCAGGGCCCGGCCCUGGAAUGGUGAACGGGACCGAGGCUAACAGGAAGUGAGGCGGAGAGAGGGAGGGGACGCAGACCGAUACAGUAGCUGUGUCUCCCUGGUAACUGUAGCUAAGGAUACCGGAGGAAUAGAAUCCGUCUGGUUGCUUAGUGAUAGAGAAUGCUGGACCUUGACGCUGUGAGCAGAUAUUUAAACGUUUGACUUUGCCUGAAAGGAAAAUUUGAUCGUGUAGUGGGGAUGUUGCAGUUCUUGUGAUGGUCAGUCCGCUGCCCCCUGUGGAAGAGAUAGAUGGUACACACCAAGGAAGAAUGGAGGGUAACAUGUUUUUCUUUCUUUCCAAUAUGGGCUUUUUUUAUUACUAUUUUGUAGUUACGUAAGUGGAACUAUUUUGAUAAUUAAAAAAAAGUAUGACUUAAUUAUUACUUUUGAACAUCACAAAUUUCUUUAUUCUUGUACACACUGUAAACUGCAAUUGUAUAUAAAAGCUACUGUGUUUUAAAAUGUUUUUGUUUUUAUGAAGCAGCUUGCAUCUGUGGACAUUGUCAUUGUUUUGGAAUUACAUGGUUGUGGAAAUGUU